AUGUGGCCGCGCCGGCAGCCGGCGCAGGCAGCUCCUGGUGGGGCUUCAAGCGCUGCAACCUCAGCUCCAGCAGAUCGUCCAUUGUCCUCUCGAGCACCACCAUCUUCUGCGUCUUCAGGCACAUCUGCACCUCUAUUUGCGCCUCGUAGGAGCGCCGGGAAGGCCCCAAACCCCACUGUCAAAGCUCAAAAGACCUCUAGCUCCGGCACAGACGACGCUGCGUGGCUACUACGGGCUCUAGACAAGAAGAAAAAGAAGAAAGUCAAGCCUGAUGCAAGCAAGAAGGUCACUAAGCCCUCAGAGCCCGAAAAAGCGGCGAAAAAGACGCAGCCGAAGCCGAAAAAUGAGCGAAAAGGAGGUCCACUAGGCCUCUCCAUGUCUGUACAGGAGCGCCAGCAAUUGUGGCGCAGUGGAGCAGCUAAGAAGCCUGAAGAUGAAGCAGCGGAACGGGCCAAGCAGCAGGAGAGAGAACGUCAAGAGACGGGCUUUGAUCGAGGCGACGAGGAGGAGCUCAACAGUGUUUUAUCCAGUGGAGAUACAGGCGCCAAUGCGUCGUCUUUAGGGCUGUCGGUGGUUGAUGCAGAGACAGAUAAAGACAAGGAGGUGACGAAGGUGUCGGGCAAACGUAAGGCUGCUCCGAGUGAUGACGAGAAAGAAGAGGAGGCGUGGGGCUUCGCGACGGCUGGGAACAGUGGGUUCACUCUCGAUGACUUCGACGCUCCAUCUGACAGCAACGACGCGGGUUCCGGUGCUGAGUGUCUGGAAGCGCUGGCCAAAGCCGAGAAAGCGCGUGGUCUCUCUAGUCAAGAAAAAUCGAAACCGAAGAAGGAGGCCGAGCCAUUGACACCGCCGAGGUGUCAUCAUGCGUUGGUCUGUCAGAGCUUGGAGGUCAAGAAGAAGAACAAGAACCACGGCCGCAAGUUCUUCGCCUGCCCGCUGGGAUUCGAUGAAGGUCGCUGCGACUUCUUCCUCUGGGAAGACGACCACGUCCCGCUUGCACUGCAGACACUCUUCACGGCUUCUUCUUCCUCUGGCGGUGUUGCUGAAUCCGCAGCAGAAGCGGAGGCCACUGAGUGCGUUCCUCUGGAUAUCGAAGCUACUGCAGAGGAGCAGCGAGAGGCAAUGCUCACCAAUCUGCGCCUGGUGUUUGGGCACGCUGACUUUCGUCCUGGCCAGCAGUGGGCGAUCUCAAGGGUGCUGCGUCGUAAGGACACUCUCCUUGUGUUGCCCACGGGUGCAGGCAAGUCGCUGUGCUAUCAAUUCCCAGCGCUCUUCUUGCCUGGAAUUACGCUCGUGAUCUCGCCGCUUAUUUCGCUGAUGAACGACCAGUACGAGAGUCUCCCCGCCCCAUUGAAGGCUCGCUCCGUGUGUCUUUCCGGCUCCGGCUCGGAUUCAGGCUCGUCCAAGGCGAAGCAUGCGGCUUUUGUGCGUGAUCUGCUGGUGGACAAACUCUCUCUGAUCUUCCUGUCGCCGGAGAAGGCGCUGGGUGCUGGAAUGCAAGCGCUGCUCGCGUUGCCGCGGGUCCGUGCGCGCUUGGCGCUAGUGUGUGUCGACGAAGCGCAUUGCGUCUCAGAGUGGUCCCACCACUUCCGUCCAAGCUACUUGCGGCUGGCAGAGGUCUUCCGCCACGCCCAGUGCGUUUUGUGUGUGACUGCCACAGCCUCGCGACGUGUUGUCCACGAUGUAUUGCAUCAAUUGCGCUCACGUCGGCAGCUUCAGAAUCAAGGUGGCGAAAGCGAGAGCGACAUGGUGCUGCAGAUGCCAUGGCAAAGGAAGAAUCUGGCGCUGGAAGUUCGUUCCGUCCGGUCGAAUGAUGAGCGACUGCGGCAUCUCAUCCACAUCCUCCCCGAGUUGAGCAAAGGAUCAUCACAGUCCUCCAAGGCUGGCGGUGGUGUUAUCGUGUACGUUCACCAGCAACGGCAGACGGAGGAACUUGCAGCUCUGCUGCGUGAACAAUUGCCCAACGCUUGGCGCACUGCUGGAAAGGUGGUGGCGUUUCAUGCUGGCAUGGCGCCUGAGGCGAAGGAAAAGGUCCGCACAGGUUUUGCGCGAGGCAGAGUGCGCGUUGUGGUGGCUACUAUCGCAUUUGGUAUGGGCAUUGACAAGAAGAAUGACGGGUAUCUGAGCUCUUGGGUUAUCGACUGCCACCUGCACGAAGUAGCUCAAUGGUACGGACGGACGACUGGU